UAGCCUUUAUAGAACUUCAAUAUUGCUCCUGCGCUUUACCUUAAUUCCUAAAGACCAAGACCGAAACGCGGUGUUCCAAGUUUAUGUUUUCAGAAUUAAAGACUGUGGUAAGGAUUUUUCAAUAAGGCAGGAUAAGGAUGUUCUUAACAAUUUUUUACAUGAUAGCAACAUUCAUGAAAGCACGGACAACGUCAUUUUUGCAAAAAUAUUUUAAUAUUAUUUUUGAAAAGGAAUAUGUUUCUUCUAUUUUACUCUAUUCUAAGUUACCUAAAUAUAUAUCCUCAACAGUUGAAGAUGUAUCAAAGGAAGGAACACAGAGUGUACUGCAUGAUAACAGUUUAAAUCCUUUAGUAUAUGAAAAAUAUUUUAUUAAUGUACCUAAAUGCAGAGAAUUACUGUUUCAAGAAGGAAAUAUAAAAUUAUAUACUCUAUGGCCUCAGCAACAAAUUGGCACAUCAAGCUGGUUGGCCUAUCCUUGUGGGAAGUUGUUGUUUCCUUUUUAUGAGAAUAAUAGUCGUCAAAUUUUUAAUGCAUCUGAUAAUAUGCACGUUCUUGUCAAAGCUGCUUUUGGAACACAUGGAGUUCAGGCUUCAACAAUUGCUGCAAAACUUGAAGAUUAUGGUCUGAUCACAGCAUGGACAGCAAAUCCAGAUAGCAUUGAUUUUAUCUUAGAAACAGAUAUUGAUCAUACUACAAACUUUAUGAUCACGAUCAUGGAUGAACAACAUUAUAUUAAUAAUAGGGUAUCCUUCACAUACAUACAAUCUGUAGCAGUGUCAGGGAAACCAUGUACUUAUGACAUAGAAGAUUCAAGUUCACCAUUAAUUGCAAAUGUAACAAGCAUAAUGCAGAUAGAUUGGGAUAUUUAUGUUGAGAAAUUAAUGGCAUUAAGUACAGCAGCUCAAGAAGCUAGCAAGGAACAAAAACCUCAGAAGAUUGCUGACUAUAUUAUAUAUCCACAGAAUCAAGAAACAGAUGCUAAAAUAACAUUGUCAGCUACUUCUAUAGAUUCCAUAAAAGAAUUGAUGGAUGAUACUGGAAAUGAAACUCUCUCUGAAACAUCACAAGCAUCUCAUCUAAAAUCAGCUGCUGAUAAUAUAAAAGAACAUAAUCUAGAGCCUCCAGUUAAUACAAGUAUCACUUCAAAAGAAGUACAUGCUGCCAGUAGUAUGACAAAAGAAUCAGGUGAUUCGACAAUAGUUCAGUCAUAUGAUAUUACAAAGAAGAAAGACAAUAUAUUAUCAAGUACCAACAAUGAAAUUUCUAUGAAAGAUAUGUACCAAAGCAAAUCCACUGUAGUAACUAAAAAUUUCAAGGCUCCUUUUACAUUGAAAGAAGACAAGAAAUCAAGUAAAAUGGUUAAACCACCGAAUGUCGUCGUUUAUGCAGAUAGUCCAGAUGCAAUCAACAAUGUAAAGACUAUAUUAGAAAAAGUAUUAGAUCCUGAUAGAUAUAUUAUCUAUGUAUUGUCGAGAGAAACUGCUUGCUCCAAUGUUUGGAUAGAUCAAGUUGCUUUAGUCGUUAUUUGCGGAAAUGUCGAUUCAGAAAUCAAAACUCAACUCGUUGAAUAUGUUAUACAUGGAGGUAAACUUCUGGCAUUAUGCUCCGAUAUGCUUCACACUUUGUUGCCAUCAUUUAAAACUGCAGAAGUGCGUGAGAGUGAACUCGUUCAUUUUUCCUAUGGUAAAUGGAAGCAUAUGCGUAUGAUGCAUCAUAUAUUUUGCUAUCAUGCAUCCCCUGUGCGAGCUCGUUUCUCUCAAGAUCAAGAAGAUACAAGAACGCCUGGAUUGAAUCCUCCGGCUUCGACUAGUGUUAAGGAUAAAAGAGGAAAUUUACAUUCGUUUAAUGUAAAAGUAUUGGGCACAGAAGAAACAUGGCAUAAUCCGAGUAUAUUACUUGCAACUCUGGCAAGCAGUGGUGGUAAAGUGGUCUUCUCUCAAAUUCAUUUAGAAGUAGAUCCAACACAAUACGAAUAUGAGGAAGAUAAAUUCAAAGCUCUCAAAGAGAGUAACGCUGCGCGUUUGGAAAUAAUCAGUGAUCUGCUAAGCACGCAUUUAGAAAUGGAAAUAAGAAGUCACGCUAAAGCAGUUGCAACAUACACUCCGGCAUAUUUCUUAGGAAGAUAUGAGGAAAAGAUAGAAGUACUUAAGAAACUAAAAUCAAAGAUGCAACCAUAUGAUUUAUUGAAGAUGUCGCAAUUAAGCAUUCAGUUUUGCUCAAAAUAUAAUGAAUUGCAAAGAAUUGCUCCAUCAGCCUCCUGCCUUCCUAUUUUAAUACAUGGUUGCCCAGACAAUUUUUCCACUACAAAAUAUUUCGAGAGGCUCGAUACAAAGAAACUAGGUCGCUUGGUAAUUUAUGCGGACGUCUUAACAUCGUCUAUGCAUGUAACUGACUGUACCUUGUUGGAACAUGGACUGGCAGUUAUUCCACGACAGCAAACCAAAGGCGAAGGUCGAAGCCAAAAUAUAUGGCUCAGUCCGAUUGGUUGUGCUAUGUUUACGUUACAAAUGCAUUUUAACGUGAAUUCAGUCAUAGGAAGUCAUAUUUCAAUACUUCAGCAUUACAUUGCUGUAGCAAUGGUGCACACUAUCAGAUCAAAACCAGGAUAUGAGAACAUUGAUCUCAGACUGAAAUGGCCUAAUGAUAUAUAUGUCGGUAAUUCGACGAAGAUCGGCGGCCUGUUGAUAAAAACUAAAAUAGACGGUACAAAUUGUAUUUGCGAUAUCGGUACUGGUAUAAAUCUCUUUAACAGCAAGCCAACAUUGUGCAUUAACAAUAUAAUUGAAGAUUAUAAUCAGAAGCAUGGUACAAAUUUGCAAACGAUUUCGUACGAAGAAUUCAUAGCUGAGAUAUUUAAUUGCAUUGAAUACUUGAUAGAUAAAACUAUAUACCCAGAAGAUACAAAGUUCUUCUAUGAACUUUAUUAUAAGUACUGGUUGCACGAGAAUUCCAAUGUAACAGUGGUAAAACGAAACGGAGAAUCUGAAAAUGUUACGAUUAAAGGUAUCGAUGAUUUUGGAUAUCUAUUAGUAGAAGAUGACAAAGGUAACAAAUUUUUCCUGCACCCGGAUGGAAAUACAUUCGAUCUUCUCAAGGGACUAAUAAUACCGAAAUAGAGUCCACCAUGACAUUUGUGAUCAGUUAUUAAUGUUGUGUUAUAAUUAAUGUUAUUAAUGUUAAUUAUAUUGUGCUUAUUAUUAAUUGUUGUUGAUAAUGAAUCUCUAUCAGUGUCAAAUAAAAUUUAUUCAUAAGAAUAGUUUUUCAAAUAUAC